AUGAAAUGGAAAGAAAAGGAUGAUUUAUCUUGGUGUUGUGUUAGUCGGCGACAAAAAGAUGAUGACGACGACAACAUUCAAGAUGCUAACAAGCAAACAGUAAAAUUAACUACUCCUUCAAAAAUGAUGGAAGCACCAAGAAAUUUCCAAGGAUCAAAAGAGAAUUUAUCCAAUAUGAAUGGAAAUCGUUAUCAAACUCCAACCAAACAAAUAUCUUCACGUUUAGAUCGUUCACUCUCAAGAACGAAAGAUGAUAGUGAAGCAAAUAUUAUACGAUCGAAUACAGCGACAAGUCUUAGCGAACAAGCUAAACCUGACGAAUUAGCGUCUGGUUUAGCCACCAUGGGACUGUUAAAUGAUAGUGAUAUGAAUAAACUGAAUACAACAUUUGAAUCCUUAGGCUCAUCAAGUGAAUCGGUUGAACGAAAUACUUCUAAAAAUGAAUCAUAUAAAAUGAAAAAGCAGUCUUAUCAGAGCGCAAAGAAGCGCAUUACAUCUGAAUUAGCAAAUGUACUUAAGGAUUCAUCAGUUGUUAUCGUUAGUGAUUGGCUAAAAGUUCGAGGGACAUUAAGAGAUUGGACUAAAUUAUGGGCUAUUUUAAAGCCUGGUCUCAUGCUACUCUAUCGAAAUCCCCCAUCAAAAAAUGGUGUUUGGGUUGGCACCGUUGUUCUAUCAUCAUGCGAAGUUAUUCAACGUCCAUCAAAGAAAACGGGAUUUUGUUUUAAAAUCUGGCAUCCACUUGAAAAAUCGAUCUGGGCACAAAAAGGGCCUAAUAACGAACAGUUCGGUGCGAUAACAUUUCCUCUUCCUAUGAAUUAUCUUAUUUGUCGUGCAUCAGAUGAUACCGCAGGGCGUUGCUGGAUUGAUGCACUUGAAUUAACAAUGAAAUGCUCAAAAUUACUUAAAAAACCCUAUUCAACAUCUGUACAAAAUGAUGACUUGGCGCUUAAUUCUCAAAUUACGUCAAGUCCAUCGACUACAGCUGGCGAUGGAGCUUUUUUAAAUACAAGUUUUUCAGAUAAUGAUUUCGAAUUAAGCCGGUUGGCAACAAAAGAAGAAGAUGACCGUAUGAGUGAUGCUAGUAUUGAUAUAAGUAAAGCGUCCAGAAGUGGUUCAAGUCAUUCUGAUAGUUCUCAAGACCUACUAUAUGAAGACGAUAACGAAACACCAUAUGUUGCAGCAGCACCCGAAGAAAUGGGAGAACUUGGUAAUGCUGCUCAAACUGAAGAAGUAGCUGAAGAAAACAAAUCCCUCAUAAUGCAUUUAUUAAAGCAAGUCCGUCCCGGAAUGGAUUUAUCAAAAGUUGUUCUACCAACAUUUAUAUUAGAACCAAGAUCGUUUCUUGAAAAACUCUCAGAUUACUAUCAUCAUUGUGAUAUUCUUGAAGAAGCUGUUAAUUCACCUGAUCCAUUAAUACGCAUGAAGACAAUUAUAAAAUUUUAUUUAUCAGGUUUUUAUAAAAAGCCAAAGGGCCUAAAAAAACCAUAUAAUCCAGUUUUGGGUGAAGUUUAUCGAUGCUUUUUUCAUCAUACAAAGACGGACAGUAAAACCUUUUAUUUAGCCGAACAGGUAAUAUUUUUCUCUUUUUUUUCCUCAUUCUUUCGGUCAUUGAUUACAUAA